AUGGGGAUUAUGAACAUCACUCCUGACUCGUUUAGUGACGGUGGUGAUAACUACAAUAUGAGCGCUGACGUCAUAGAGAGUACUGCUUUACGAUUGUUAGAUGAAGGUGCAACAAUAUUAGACAUCGGAGGUGUUUCGACAAGACCGGGUAGUAUUCCUUCAAGUGAAGACGAAGAACUCCGGCGUGUUUUACCUGUAAUCAAAAUUAUCCGAGAAUCGAAGAACGAGAAACUAUCUACAUGUCUCAUUUCUAUCGAUACUUAUCGUGCAAACGUCGCUGAAGAAUGUUUGAAAGCUGGUGCAGACAUCAUUAACGAUAUUUCAAUGGGAUUAUACGAACCAGAAAUAUUCCAUGUUAUCGCUAAGUAUGGAUGUCCGUAUAUUAUGAAUCACACGCGAGGGACAACUCAAACUAUGUCCAGUUUAAACAAUUACGAAUCCAACAGUAAUGAAGAUAUUGUCGAGUAUAUGAUUGAUCCUUUAAAUCCUUCAUUUAAUGUUAAAAAUUGGGAUUCAAAAGUGACCAAUUUGAUUAAUGGAGUAUCUCGAGAAUUAGGAUUACAGAUCUUCAAAGCUUUUAGAAGUGGUGUUAGAAAAUGGCAGGUAAUCAUCGAUCCAGGUGUUGGAUUUGCCAAGAAUUUAUCGCAGAAUUUAAUCGUCAUCAAACAUGCUUCAUAUUUCAAACGAUAUUCAAUGACGGUUAACGGACAUUCCUAUUUGACUUUCAAUGGUUUGGCUACUCUUCUAGGUCCUUCGAGAAAGAAGUUUUUGGGCACUCUUUGCAAUGAACCUAUUGCACGAGAGAGAGUUAUCAGCACUGGUGCAACCAUCAUGGCGUGUAUACAACAAAAUACUGAUAUCGUCAGAGUUCACGAUGUAAAAGAAAUGAACAAAGUUGUGAAAGUGGGUGAUGCUUUGUAUAAAGAUAUUUAUGAAAGAAAAUAA